UGCAAGACCGCCACUCCCAUCAUGCCGGGGCAGCCGAAGGCUGUAGUUUUGCAACAGGUCACAGGUGCAGUGGAGGAGAGAUGGCUCGGCUGAGGGAGGACCCUGUGAUCAUCUCAUGCAGUCCUAUGUGACAUUACUAGAAAGCAGAGAGUCUUUUAGAAACCAGGGAAACUGAAUUUUACAGGAGCGCAGGAUUGCACUAUUUAAGGAAUUCCACUGAAAGUAUCACUAUGGUGGCUUUUAAAGGUGUAUGGACACAAUCAUUCUGGAAAGCUGUUUCUGGAGAACUUUUAGCAACUCUCAUUUUUGUCUUCCUUGGCCUUGGUUCAGCUAUCAACUGGGGAACAGUAGACAGUUCCCAACAAAUGGAUCUAGUACAGAUUUCUUUGUGCUUUGGACUUGGCAUUACUACAAUGGUGCACUGUUUUGGACACAUCAGUGGUGCUCAUAUAAAUCCAGCUGUAACUAUUGCCCUUCUGUGCACAAGGAAUAUAACACUAGCCAAGGCAUUAUUUUACAUCAUCGCACAAUGUCUUGGAGCAGUCUUGGGAGCUGGACUGCUAUAUCUUAUAACACCACCCAGUCUCAUUGGAAAUUUAGGUGUGACAAUGAUAAAUGAAAAGCUCUCCAUUGGUCAUGGACUCCUAAUUGAAAUUAUACUUACAUUCCAGUUAGUUUUCACUAUAUGUGCAAGCUGUGAUCCAAAGAACAAGGACAAAUCUUCAGCACUUGCAAUUGGAAUCUCUGUUGUAAUUGGGCACUUAUUUGCAAUAAACUACACUGGAGCGAGCAUGAACCCAGCAAGAUCUCUUGGCCCCGCUGUUAUUAUAUGGAAGUGGGACAACCAUUGGAUUUACUGGAUCGGACCUAUUAUUGGAGCAAUCUGUGCCAGUGCUGCCUAUAAUUAUAUCUAUUGUCCUGAUAUUGAACUCAAGCAACAUUUGCAGGAAACUCUUCAGAAAGCUAAACAGAAGACAAAAGGAAACUACAUUGAGGUGGAUGAUAAUAGAAGCCAUAAUGACAAUGAAGACUUGAUCCUUAAGACGGGAAAUAUCCAUGUUAUUGACAUUGACCAGCUAGAAAGCAGGAAGGGAAAAGACUCUGCUAGUGAAAUACUAUCUACUGUAUGAAGUAUGUAGCAUCUUUGGGAUUAUUUUUUUACCGGAAGGCAAAAGGGAAAUAUCACAUAUGUACCUUAAAUGAAGAGAAGAAUCUCCACUCACAGUGGAUACAGUGAAGUCAGGGAAUGCAUUCACCCAUGUUUUAGCUUCUACAUGGAGUUGUUUUCAGAAUGGAGCAAUGUUUAAAACAAUGAAAUACCCCAUCCAUCAAUUCAUUAUUGAGUCAUAUAGUUCACAUACAAUAUAUAUAAAGCUGUAAACACACCUAUUAU